ACCUGAUCGGAAAUCGCACGGUCCAGGAAGUAGGAACCGGCUUCAACGAUGCGCAAGGUCGUAUAGGCGUAUAUUAAGGAAAUCCUUCAGAUGUGUUCUAAAUUGCGCACGUUUGAAUGUCCGUCAUAACCUAGACAGACAAUUUCGUCUCUCUCUCUCUAUCUCUCUCAAAAUUUGGUACUUUUGGAGGCAACCCCAAUAGAGUCCGUUGAAGUUACAGGUCUUACUGUUCAUUUUUCUCCCUCAAUUAACACUUAGUAUUAUUAUGCUUUUCACUCCUGAAGUUAAUGUAGUUUGAAUUGCAUAAAACCUCCCUUGCAAUUCAUCACAAUCUUCAAUCUAGGGUUCGAAUGUAUUUUUGUCCUACCUUUCGUUUGUAACCUCAAGUAGCAAUUUUUCAUAAUUGAGUACUUGAGCUUGGUUUGCUGUAUGGUGGUCUGACGGGUCCGAAUCUAAGUUGUAAUGGGUGAUCAGGAAAUACCCAAUUGGCUCAAAGGGUUGCCAUUGGCACCCGAAUUCCGCCCAACAGACACCGAAUUCGCGGACCCAGUUGCUUACAUAUCGAAGAUUGAGAAACAAGCGAGUGCUUUUGGUAUUUGUAAGGUGAUUCCACCAUUGCCCAGGCCUUCAAAAAAAUAUGUGAUUUCUAACUUGAGCAAGUCUCUUUUAAAGUGCCCGGAAUUGGGCGUAGAUGCGAACUCAGUAGAUGUUUCUUCUUCGUCGAAAAGGGAUUCUGGAAACGAGGCAAAUGAUGGGGAGGGUAGGGCAGUAUUUACCACACGGCACCAAGAAUUGGGUCAGAAUGCAAAAACAACUAAGAAAGCAGUGCAGCCCCAACCACCUGCUGUUCGUAUGCAAGUAUGGCAGAGUGGGGAAAUUUACACUUUGGAGGAGUUUGAAUCUAAGUCGAAGUCUUUUGCUCGGAAUCAGUUGGGUAUGGUUAAGGAGCUUUCUCCGUUACUAAUUGAAGCACUGUUUUGGAAAGCAGCUUCUGAGAAGCCUAUACAGAUUGAGUAUGCAAAUGAUGUGCCUGGCUCUGGGUUCGGAGCACCUGAGGGAUCAUUUCGGUACUUUCAUAGACGAAGGAGGAGGAGGAGGACAUUUAAUCGUAAUGGUGGAGGAAGCUAUAACAGCAUGAAAUAUCGAGUGGAUAGCACGACCGAUACUAGCGAAAACAAAGGGGAAUCAACCGAGAGUUGUACUAAUUUGGCUAAAGAGACAGCCAAGGAGUCUAUUAGUUUACCAACUACUAUAUUGUCCCAUGAAACACGACAAUUUUCUAGGCAGAAGAGUUCAAAUGCUUCUUCUAAUGAGAUGGAAGGUAGUGCCGGUUGGAAGCUUUCAAACAGUCCUUGGAACUUGCAAGUAAUUGCACGCUCACCUGGCUCACUCACACGUUUCAUGCCGGAUGAUAUUCCAGGUGUUACUUCACCCAUGGUCUAUAUUGGUAUGCUAUUCAGUUGGUUUGCUUGGCAUGUUGAAGAUCAUGAGCUUCACAGUAUGAAUUUCCUCCACACCGGCUCUCCAAAGACUUGGUAUGCAGUUCCAGGGGAUUAUGCGUUUUCAUUUGAGGAAGUCAUUCGUAAACAGGCCUAUGGAGGAAAUCUUGAUCGUUUAGCUGCCCUUUCACUCUUGGGCGAGAAGACUACUCUUCUAUCACCUGAAGUAGUUGUCGAGUCGGGAAUUCCAUGUUGUAGGUUAAUACAGAAUCCUGGUGAAUUUGUUGUUACUUUUCCAAGGGCUUACCACAUAGGCUUCAGCCAUGGUUUUAACUGUGGAGAAGCUGCGAACUUUGGAACUUCAACUUGGCUUAAAGUUGCUAAGGACGCUGCAGUUCGUAGAGCUGUUAUGAAUUUUCUUCCCAUGCUUUCCCAUCAGCAACUGCUGUACUUGUUGACCAUGUCGUUUGUUUCAAGGGUGCCAAGAUCCUUACUGCCAGGAGCACGAAGCUCUCGUCUGAGAGAUCGCCAGAAGGAAGAAAGAGAGUUGUCAGUGAAGAAAGCUUUCAUAGAAGAUAUUUUGGAUGAAAACAAUCUUUUGGCCAUUCUCCUUGGAAAAAAUUCUUCUUAUCAUGUAGCACUAUGGGACCUGGACUCAUUACCAUCUCCAAACAAAGAUUCUCAACUAUGCAGUAACAUUGCUACUGUCCUGACCACCACACCAGGAGAAACCGUUUGCUAUGAGGAUAAGAAUAAUCAUGAUCUAUUUAGCGAGAUGAGCUUAUAUAUGGAAAGGGUGAAUGAUUUGUUUGUGGAUGAUGAUGACUUGUCCUCUGAUUUUCAAAUUGAUUCCGGGACAUUAGCAUGCGUGGCUUGUGGGAUUCUUGGCUUUCCAUUCAUGGCUGUGGUUCAACCUUCUGAGAGAGCAUCAAUGGACCUUCUGCAAGAUGUAGCGUUUUCAAAACCUGCUGAGUCUCAUUGCCCUCCAGGCUUUGAUCACACAGUUGAGGAUUCUGUUUCAGAUGGACUGAAGGACAAGAUUGAAGGGAAUGAGAGCAAUAAGUCAAAUGGAGCAUCUCUAAUUGCCAAAUCGAUCAAAUCUAUGGUUCAUUCCUCAGAAGAUAUAUGUACUUCUCCCAGGUUUUACAAGGGAUGGAGUGCUACUAGGGGAUUUCUGAGACCAAGGAUAUUCUGCCUGGAGCAUGCAAUUCAAAUAGAGGAGAUGUUGCGUUCAAAAGGUGGAGCGAAUGUCCUUGUAAUUUGUCAUUCAGACUUUCAAAAAAUUAAGGCUCAUGCUGCAUCCAUUGCUGAGGAAAUCGGUAGUCCUUUUGGGUAUAAUGAUAUUCCAUUAGGUGAGGCAUCACAGGAAGAACUGAACUUGAUUGAUCUUGCAAUUGAUGAUGAAGAACACGAUGAAUGUGGCGAAGACUGGACCUCAAAAUCGGGUAUCAACUUACGGUACUGUGUCAAGGUCAGAAAAAAUUCUCCAUCUAAGCAAGUGCAACAUGCUUUGGCAUUGGGUGGCAUUUUCUCUGACGAUACUUCUCCCAAUUUCAACUCAUUUAAGCUUAAAUGGCCAUCUAGAAAAACUCGGUCAAAACGGAACUUAAAUAACUCGGUCCAUGUGAAAUCGUCUGGGAUCAUUCCAAUGGAGAAGAAAAAUGAAGUGCUGGGUACCAAGUCAGAUGGAACCACAGUUAGAAUAGAAAGUAAACUUAUCCAAUAUUCAAGAAAAAAAUUCAAGUCUAAGCGUUGUGCAUCAGAAAGACAUUGUGGAGGUUCAGAUGAACACAUAAACAACAGUGUAAUUCAGGAUAUCGUUUCUAACACUGAAAAUACAGGAAAGCCUUCCGAUCUUGGUGACUUGGGUUCCAAUAGAGAUUCUGAAUUUGUUAAUGAUCAUGGGGGGAAAUCCGUUUCAUCACAAACUGUGGAUUCACUUAUAGUGGCCACUUCUGGUGUCGAAAAUGUUGAGGAGGUGCCAAUUGAGGACAAUGAAAUGAUUGUGGAGGUCGAAGCUAGUGAUUCAACGAGAGGAAAUGGUUCUGAGAGAAAUAAGCAAUCCUGUGCUGAAAAUUCCAGUGUUUCUCUCUCCACUGAAGUUCAAAGUACUAUGGAUUUUGAUAUUCAGAGAGACCAUCAAAUCACAGAGGAAAUAAGCACGAUACAUGUGGCAUCAGUGGGUAAUUCUGAAGGGCAAUGCAGUAUGAAGUCUGACGGAGAUGCGAUGAAAGAGAAAGAUGCAUCUGAUCUUAUCAACUCGGGAGAGAACAUAGAUACGAGCAUUGAGGUACUUGAUUGCGUAGAAAGUAUGGAAGUCGCAUUAAAGACAAAUGUUGUUGGUGAGACGCAGAGUGAUAGUGAAAAUAGUUGCUUGCCUAAGAAGAAAGAAGUGGAAAAUACUGGCUUCACCGAGGUGUCCCCGAGGUCAAAUGCAAGAAAUGGAAGCAAAAGGAGGAGAGAAGUGGAGUUUGUUUUCAGUUCAUUUAUUCGGAGUCCCUGUGAAGGACUGAGGCCAAGAGAUGUGAAAGAUGCGAAAAGAGGCAAAACUGAGAGUACCGUAAUGUUUGAGGAGAAACCAGAAGCGAAAAAGGGGAAAAAACCUUCGGAUGAUUUGGUUUCUCGCAAAGAAAAGAAAGAGAAGGGAAAUCGGUCCAAUAGGUGUGACCUAGAAGGCUGCCGAAUGAGUUUCCAUACGAAAGCAGACCUACUCUUGCAUAAGCGUAACCGGUGUACGCACAAAGGGUGUGGAAAGAUAUUUAGCUCUCAUAAAUACGCAAGGCUUCAUCAACGAGUUCACGAAGAGAGUAGGCCCCUCAAGUGCUCGUGGAAGGGUUGCACGAUGUCGUUCAAGUGGGCGUGGGCCCGUACCGAGCACUUACGUGUUCACACUGGGGAACGUCCGUACAAGUGCAAGGUUGAUAGUUGUGGCCUUACUUUCAGGUUUGUAUCAGAUUACAGCCGCCACAGACGAAAAACCGGACAUUACGUGGACUCACCACCAACCUGAUGACGUUCUUAUUGUAUUGGGAUGUGUAAUUCAUGGUUAAUCAGGGAUUGUGAGUUUCUGGGUCCAAAAGUGUCUCGGAAACCUUGUGUAAAGUGCAUAGGUUAGGGGUUUGACAGAUCUUUUUGUUGGUACGUAGUUGAAAAUCCAAUCUGGGUUUUGGAGGUUUUCUUAUUUUCAUGUGGUUAGGAAUCAGGAACUUGUUUUUCUUGUGUGCUCGAUUGUUUGGCCACACUGGUGUGCUAAUUGGGAAGUUGAGAUUGUUCUAA